AUGCUUGCAGCUCUUGCAAAACAACAAAAGCGUCUCGAAGCGUUCGCCGUGAGUGUCAGUCAGGGCUCUGCAGGCAACGACGAUCAAGAUGAUGAUUGUGGAUCCGCGAUGAACUGAUCUUUCUAAUCCAAAUGCGCAUUUGCACUUUGGCUGUACGCAGGGCGCAACCGGCACGGUCCUCUUCUUCGAAGACGAUGCGAGUCUAGAAGCCUCGGCCAAACGCAAUCCAGGUAUGGCUUCCCAGUUCAGUCCCGUGCGUUGAGUUUGCUCGAUCAGUCCCCCCCGUUUCUCGUUUCUUUUCCGCUCGCUUUCCGCGCCCCUCCUUGCUCACUUGCUCCUCCCGCGCUUUUAGUGGUCUCUACAAUCUAGCGGCAUUGCGCAAGGCAACGUCUGGAACGCUUUGGCAGCAGCAGGAUACGGUGCAAAUCUGCAGCACGUCAUCCCUUCCACCUCUCCCUUGGCAGCCGCCGAGCUGCUCAAACUUCCAGCAACGUGGAGAAUUCAUGCAGAGCUCGUCUUUGGCUCGUGAGUUGAUGUUUCCUGGUCUGGUGAUGUCUGUCACGCGCGGCUCAACGAUAAGCUUUCAAAAGAUCUGACUUUUCAUCCUGCUCAAUCUCUUUUUCCCCCCCAACCCACUGCUACAGUCCCGAAGGCCCUGCUCACGCAAAGACGUACAUCGAUGAUGCCACCCGCUUCCAAACUUUCGGCUCCUCCUCCGACUAA